AUGCAAACAUAUCUGAUCCCGCUUCAGUUCCCCGUUCUGUAUCAUCACGGGGACCCUUUGGCUGAACCAAAUGCCAUUGUGGGAAAUUAUCAUCGCUUACAAGGGCUGGCGGAGGAGUUAGACAAUGAAAUUUCCAUGCUCAUCCACAACCUGAAGUGGCAUGCCAAGUCUUGUGUGAAGCUUAUGAGAGAAAACAAGUCCUUAUCGGAUGAGCUAAAGCUGACAUGUGGGACUGAUAUGAUAUCCACCCUUGAAGCUCAAAAUCCUCAUCGGGUUGAUCAAUCCUUACAUGGUGAAAAGCAACAGUGA